AGAGAGCGUGUGAGCGUCUGAGUGUCGCUUUAAUUAGCAGGGCUCGUCACUCCCACCAUCGCCUCCCAGCAGCACAAGUGUCCCUCCCCUCAUCUUCUUCCUCCACCCGCAGCUCCUCCGGAAGCGAAGCGAAGCUCGGUCCCGCGGCUACGCAGAUAAGAAAAUGCAACGCGCAAUUCAAGCUAUUGGAUCACAUGGCAGUGUGCUCAAAUCUGCUGUUCUGAAACACAUCAGUGUUGCGAAGCCUGCUAUGCUGCCUGCUGUGUUUCCGCGUUUCAUGUCAGUGUCAUCUGCUCAAAUAGAGGAGAGUGGAUUUGAGAGCGGCACUAUUGCUGAUAUUCUGAAGUCUAAAGGGAAGAGUGCUGAUGGAUCGUGGCUCUGGUGCACCACGGACGAUAGUGUCUAUGACGCUGUCAAAUCGAUGACUCAACACAAUGUGGGAGCUUUGGUGGUUGUUAAACCUGGACAGGAUAAAUCAAUUGCUGGUAUCGUCACUGAGAGAGAUUAUCUCCGGAAAAUCAUUGUGCAGGGUCGAUCCUCCAAGUCAACGAAGGUUGGAGAUAUCAUGACUGAAGAGAACAAGCUGAUCACGGUGAAACCUGACACUAGAGUGCUACAAGCAAUGCAGCUGAUGACAGAAAAGCGUAUUAGGCACAUCCCAGUGAUCGACAGCACGGGCAUGGUGGGGAUGGUCUCCAUCGGUGACAUCGUCCGCGCGGUGGUCAGCGAGCACAAGGAGGAGCUGAACCGGCUCAACGCCUACAUCCAGGGAGGAUACUAGGACCCUAUCCGGCCAGCGUUCGCUGGGCGUCCCUUUGAACUCUAAUAAUGAUCAGGGUGAUGAUGACGAAAUGUAGGCCGUGUUUUUCUGUAGACAAUGGCCGUUGUUGAACUUAUAUUUGUGUGCGAUUUUCCCCGCUUUGUUCA